AUGGUGAUUGUGCAAUCGAACGUUAUCACCUCGAACAGUCGAGUUGGACUCGAGUGGGACAUCAACGAUCCCAACGUGCCGCCCGUCUGUGAAGCGGAUCUGGAUGAUUUCAACGAGUGGAGCGAUGGACACUGUCGCUACAUAUAUCGCGCCAUGGAUGAACAAGCCAAACGGCACUCGUCCGGUUGGGCCAUGAGGAAUACAAAUAACCACAACGUUAGCAUCUUGAAGAAAAGCUGCCUGGGUGUGUUGGUUUGCUCGGCAAGGUGUGUCCUCCCGAAUGGGGACAAAAUAACUCUCCGGCCGGCAAUUUGCGAUAAGGCCCGUCGGAAGCAACAGGGAAAGACAUGCCCGAAUCGCUUGUGCGUUGGAGGAAUUUUGGAGAUAUUGCCUUGCCGUGGACAUUGUGGUUAUCCUGUAACGCACUUUUGGCGUCACACCACCAACGCUAUUUUCUUCCAAGCCAAAGGAGUACACGAUCAUCCUCGGCCAGAGUCCAAAUCGUCCGGAGAGACACGUAAAAUUCUGGGAAUCGGCCGACGGGAGCGUGUGCUCAAAGCAAUACAAUCAAAAGUUACAAAGAUUACAGGUGUCAAACAAACCAAAAAAGCCACAAGGCAGCUGCUGGAGUCAAGCAAAUCUCUAUCUGCUAGUCAAUCCGGUGUCAACCAGCUGAGUCGCCUAGGUGUGGAGAACAGUUAUAAUUUGACAUUCCAAAGCAACUAUAAAUCAAACAACCAGUGCAGCUACGGAGUUGGACUUGCACCCACCAGCCAUUCAAGCAACGUUCAUUCGUCAAAUCAAGACUACAACUACUCAUAUUACUACGACAGUUCCAGCUUCAUUCAUCCGGAGGAAAUAUUCCAGCUGGAUCAACCCAUUCGACCAAUCAACAAACAGCCAAGCUGCUCCAGCACUAGCCUACAUUCGCUGGGAGUAUCGCCGCCCACGGUUCUAGACAUGGAAAGUGGCAACAUCUAUAAGAACAACAAUUUAACCAGUCCUAACGACUACGGCAGCCGAUAUCUUGAUUGUAUCAAGUACGAAACUAACAGCACCGACACGGAUACCGCAAGUCUAACUAGCGGUUCUAGCAUGUUUGACGACUUCUCCUAUUACUCGAGCCCGCAAGUCGAUUAUCAUGGCGCACACACUAAUAACAACAACGCCACUUUGCCCGAUAUGAACAAGAUGAACCUGCGUUUGAGCGAUGACAUCAAUUCGUUUUUUACUGGCCAAACGAGUUGCGUGUCGCAAAGCAAGCUUUCCGCUGAUACCGUUCAGAAUGGUACAGCCAAUCAACUGCUGGAAAGCUUUUGCUACGAAAAUUAUAGUAAUUCUGCAUCGCCAAAUGCGGCGGCUGCAACAACGUCGAUGAUUCAGCCAUUCGGUGCAGGAUACCACAGUGAAGGAUCUAAUGGAGACGCCCUCGUACCAAAUGGUGCCGUGGAGCAUUCGGCACUUCAUGCUGCUGAUAACUGGUGGGUUGGCGGUGGUGGAAGUGCUGGAAGUGGAACCGGCACCAAUUACUGGCAUCAAACCGAUACCGUCAUUGCUGGCGGCAGUCAGCAGCAGCAUUACUAUCUGCUGGAACAGUCGGAAUAUUUGAGUUAA